AUGAAUCCAUCGAAUUAUGUCGUAACAGUACAAAAGCCGACUGAAGUAACAGCACUGGCGACAGGUUAUUUUACAUCCUCCACACAAUUGAACUUAAUUAUUGCUAAAAAUACACAUUUUGAAAUCUAUAUCAUUGACUCCGAAGGUUUAAAAUUAGUCAAAGAUGUGUCCAUCUAUGGAAAAAUUAUCAUUUUGAAAUGUUUUCGAUUAUCCAAUAUGAACAAAGAUGUGCUGUUUAUUGUCACGGAGAAAUGUCAUGGAAUGAUAUUAGAUUGUCAAAAGACCGAUCACGAACCAUUCGACAUAAUAACAAAAUAUCAUGGUUUGUUGGAGGAUACAGGCAAAGAGUCAACUCAAGCACCAUCAUGUACAAUUGACACGAAACAUGGCCUGAUUCUAUGUCGAACGACUGAAGGUGUGAUCAAAGUUAUCUUCGUCAAAGAUCUUGCUUUCAAUGAGUCGUCAUCGAGAACGUUUGAAUCUUGUAAUAUUAGAAUCGACGAACAGAAUAUUGUUGAUAUUCAAUUUUUAAUUGAUUCUCCGCGACCAACAUUUCUCGUUUUGCAUUCAACCAAAUCAGAGUACUAUUUUUUAAACGGGAAUCAACCAGAAGAAUAUUAUUUACAAACAUAUGAAAUCGAAUUGAAAGAACGUGAAAUAAAAAGACUUGCCUGGACCAAAAAGUUAACACUAUCGAAAGCAUCAUUUCUCAUCCCGAUCACACACAAUAGUUUCACCUGUCUUGUCAUCGGUCGAAAUUCUAUUGAAAUACACAGACAAAAUGAACCAAAAGUAGGAUUGAAAUCAUCCUUAUUACAAGAAACAACAUCGAUCAUUGGAUACUGUUCUAUCGACGACAAUUAUCGAUAUCUAUUAACUGAUGAUUGUGGGAAGCUCUACUUAUUAAUUCUUGAAUACGAGAAUUCGUUAAAAACUUAUGAUAUGAAAUUAAAUCUUCUUGGUCAAGUUUCCAUCAGUCGGAAUCUGACUUACCUGGAUAACAGUGUUGUUUUCAUUGGUUCGCAUUUCGGUGACAGUCAAUUAAUUCGACUUCUUUCUGAACAACAACAACAACAAGGAGGUAAUUAUUUCGAAAUCCUCGAAUCGUAUACAAACGUUGGACCUAUUCUCGACAUGUGUUUUGUUGAUUUCGAUCGACAAAAUCGGCAGCUAGUCACAUGCUCUGGUUAUGGAAAAGAUGCAACCUUACGUUUUAUUCGAACAGGCAUCGGCAUUCACGAGCAUGCUGUUAUCGAUUUACCAAAUAUAAAAGGUAUAUGGCCAUUGAGACUAAAUAAUCAAUAUGACACUCAUCUAGUGGUGGCAUUCUUUGAUCAGACAAGAUUGUUUUAUUUACAAAAUGAGGAAAUUGAAGAAGUAGAAUUAGCUGCAUUUGAUCUCCAACACCAAACAUUAUUUUGCGCGAACGGAGCGUCGAAUCAGUAUUUACAAAUAACAACUCAUUCGAUUCGUUUGAUUGGCAAUCACGGGCAAGAUCUGUUAACAGAGUGGAAAAGCGAAAGUAAUGAAAUAACAGUUGCAUCUGCAAAUACAACACAAUGUGUAUGCGCUUGUGGAAAUCAAUUGUUUUAUUUUGAAAUUGGACCGAACAGUUUGAAACAAAUUAGUCAAUGUCAGUUGCCGUAUAAUGUUGCUUGUUUGGAUGUAGCACCAUUGAAUGUUCAGGAAGAACGAACUGAUCUCUGUGCAGUUGGUCUUUGGACUCAAAUAUCUAUUUGGAUAUGUCGAUUACCAACACUAGAUGUUCUUCAUAGAGAAUCAUUAGUAUCCGACACAUUACCGCGAUCUGUCAUCAUGAUAACGUUUGACUCCCGGCCUUAUGUGUUCAUUUCCUUAGCUGACGGUCCGAUUAUAUACUACUCCCUAGAUCGUGAACAGGGUUUAUUAUACGAUCGUAAAAAGGUUUCUCUCGGUACAAAGCCAACAACACUAACUAUCUGUCAGCAACCAGCUUCAUCUUCAGCAUCAAGUCAGUCAUCUGAUGCUGUAUUAUUUGCUUGCAGUGAUCAUCCGUCAGUGAUCUCGACAGUAAACGACAAGCUUACUUUCUCAUCUGUUAACCUACGCGAAAUUGUUUGUAUGUGCUCGUUUAAUUCGGAAUACUACGGAGCAAGUUUAAUCUUAGUCACUGAUACUGGUGUUAUACUUGGUCGUAUCGAUGAUAUACAAAAGUUACAUAAACGUACACUGAGGUUAGGCGAAUCCGUACGACGCAUUACAUUCGUAGACAAAGAAAAGGUCUAUGCGGUUUUAACUCAAUCAAGACAUGAAUGUCUAGCAGAUGGUGUUUUACCCGUUAGUAAACAAGCUCAUCAGAAAAUUGACUGUACAACUAAAAUAAAAGCAAUUAAAGAUAUGGCAGCGGAACGAAAUGAGAGUGAUAAUUCAAGUUCAAUCGUUAUUUUAGAUCAACAAACGCACGAAGCUCGUAUUUCUGUAAAGCUCUUGUGUGGUGAAGAAGCAAUUAGUAUAUGCACAAUGAAUUUCGUUGAUGAUUCGACGAGCUCUUACAUUGCAGUUGGCACAACAAUCGUAUUCGAAUAUGAUAAUGAUAGACAACCAAUUGGUCGAUUGAUUCUGUUCAGUUACAGAAGCAAUCAAUUAACAAUAUUGACUGAAAAAGAAUUGAACAAUGCUCCACAUCAAAUCUUACCAUUUCAAGGCAAAUUACUUGUUGCUAUCGGCAAUUCUAUUCAACUAUUUGAAUAUUCUCCACAACAAUCUGAAUUUAUUCAAUUAUCAAAACCUUACGUCGGUCGUUUCAAAUGUUCAGAAGUAAAAGUCAAAGAUGAUUUUAUUCUAUUCAGCGAUGAAAUAUAUUCAAUAACCGUUCUUCGAUACAACCCUUCGGGACAUACAUUUGAAGAAAUUGCCACUAAUGCUUCACCGCAACUGACCACCGCGUGCCAGUUUAUCGAUGACGACACAUUUGUUUGUACAGAAACUUAUGGAAACUUAUUGUGCUAUCACAAAAACAAUGAAUCAACAAAGGAAUUAGAUAGAAAUCCACUAACUCGACUUGGACAGUAUCAUCUAGCAGAACAAAUCAAUAUAUUUCGACAUGGCCAUCUCGUGACACAACAGACAUCAGAAUCGAUAAUUUCCCUUGCAACAUGCUCGUUGAUGGGUGCGACAUCCGGUUACAUUGGUCUCGUCGUACAAUUGCCACACUCAUUAUAUCGACUUCUUACAUCAUUAGAAAAGAGCCUUGCUCAACACAUACCAAGUGUAGGUCAAAUUGAACAUAGUACAUGGCGUUCAAUGAGAUCUGAUAAACAAUCGACUAUAUCGUCAGGUUUCAUUGAUGGCGAUCUAAUUCAGUUGUACCUGGACUUACCAAAGGCAGUUCAAACUGAACUGUUAGAACAUCUACCUAAUGACAACCAAUCAAACGUAUCCGUUGAAGAACUAGUCAAAAUCGUCGAAGAACUCUCGCGAAUACAUUGA